AUGUCGGGCGAGCGAGACGAGUCCAUUUCGAGCAGAAAUGCGAUGCUACCAGAAUUAAGCUACAGCGCUCUACAAUGGCUAGUUCAGCCCGCUGCGCUGGCCGUAGAGGAUGGUGGAAGUUGGAAAGCAAGAGCAGGAGGACAACCCUCUGGCCUGUCCCCGCCGUCGUACCAGGCGCGACGUGACAUCACUGCCCUUUUCGGGCUUUUGUCAACGACAUUGGGCACUCGCCCAUCGUCCUCGAGCGCACUCCUCAGCAAACCUGAGCCCAGCACCGAGCGCAUCGAGAAGAACGAGGACAGGGUCAACCUGGCGACUAAUCCCUGGAUUGUCUUUCUGAUGGACAAUCUCACCAAGCUCCUCAAGGCAGAGCGUCCCGGCGACGCCCUUCGUUUCCUCAACAAUGAAAUCCGCCGCUCCGUCAGCAACCCCAACCAAUUCUAUGCCUAUGAGUCCGCCAUCACACUCUUUCUCCGCAACGGCUACGCGCUCGCGGCAUCCAUGGUCUACCGCCGCAUGUCCACCGCCGGCUUCCUCCCCUCCGCCUCCAUCCGCACGCAGCUCGCGCUCACAGCCCUUGCGCAGCGCAGCCCGGGCGAGCGCGAGAUCCUCAAGGCACUCCACGAGCAAUUCAAGCAGAAGGGCUUUGACGAGAGCGCCCUGUGCGAUGUCCUCCGGCUGUUCGCAGAAGGGUUGGGCGCCGAGCCGGUCCUCGUUGACAAAAUGGUCGAUGCGUUCCUCGCUGCGCACGGGCCCAAGUAUGUCCUCGCGUACCAGACCGUCCUCGACCUCGUGCGCAUCCACACUAAUGCCCGUUCGCCGCUCACCGCCCAGCGCUGGAUCGAGUACCACAAGGGCCACACGCCGCAGCCCCCCGUCCUCGCCCUUGCGUCCUCGCCCAACCCGUACACCUCCAUCCUGCGCGACAUCACCGGUCUCUCGCCCGCAGACACCUCCACCUACCAGUGGCUCCUCGAGCAGCUCGACUCGAAUGGCGUCAUCCCGGACAUCGCCUUCUACAACGCGCUCAUCGCCUCCGAGGUCGCCCGUGGCCGCUUCCCGCAGGUCGCUGCCAUCUAUCGCCUCCUCCUCGAGCACCGCACACGCACGCACACGCCCGACGCAUACACGUUCGCCACGCUCCUCCGCGCUAACCGCCUCGGGGCACCGACGCGCCGCCUCCGCCUCCGCGACCCCGACCGCCGCCUCACAGGCAUACCCUCCCUCCGCACACUCAUCGGGGACAUGAUCGCGUGCCACUCGCUGUGCACCGGUGGGCGCCUUUCCACACCCUCGCCUGUGCUCACGCCGUCCGUGCUCGCGUACGCGCUGGGCACGCUCAUGCGCACGCACGACUACGCCGCGGCGCUCGUGCUCGUGCGCACGAUGCACAUCGCCGCCCUCCCGCCGCCGCUUAGCACGUACCGCAUCAUCAUCGCCGAGCUCGCUAGGCGCGUGCAGCGGGCGCUCCCCGCGCUCUCUGCUUCAGACGACCCCGCCGCGUUCUGGGCGUACCGCUUCCUCGGCAUGGCGGGCUACCCCGUGGGCCAACGCGUCGAGGUGGAUGCGCCCCUGUGGAUUGAGAUUCUCAGUAUUGGGACGGAGCCGCGCCUCAGCCUCGACUACGUGCCUCCUCCACAGCAACUCUCGGCAAAGGAGGCACAGAGUGAUUCUCCGUCCCCCGGCAUGCCUGCUGUGCAGAGCGGUGACCCUGAGCAGAAAAUGGACCUGCAUGAGUUCCAAGGACACAUUCGGGUUUCCGAACAACACGACAUGCCCUCUGUCCUCCAGCUUGCCGAGGUGGUAGACACGCCCGCGGACAAAACGUUUGCAGUGACACCGCUUGAGCGGAUCCUGCGCAGGGCAAUCCUUGCCUCGCGUCCCACGCUGGUUCUUGCUCCGGCUAAGGAAGUAUCUAUUGAGAUUGCAGAGGCGAAGAAAGCUCUGCUCACGCGCGAGCGGACUCGUGCUAAGAAGCCCUCUCCCAAAUAACACGCAGUGCGAUGGGCUCCGCCGUCACAUUAUAAUCGGCUCGAUUACUUAUUAGGACAGCCCACCACUCCACAUAUAGAAAAGUACGAUACGAUCGCUCAAUAGUAUUCUACACUAUGUUCUUCGGAACGACUAUAAUAUCGACGCCGUAGAGGCGAUUAUAAUUACGAGUACUGACGAGUACUGGUGUGGAAUCUACUAGUAGUCAGUCAUCUCCAAGGUAGUUGGGUCAUAGCACA